CCGAGAGAAAAUUAGGUUUACUUAAGAAGGUUGGGGAGAGGCUGCGCAGGUGGUGCGGAGAAACCUGAGGUCACUGCGACUUUCCGAGACCUGAGUGCUCCCCACAGCCUGGCAGGAAAAAGCCACCCUACGUGCGGGACAGCGUCAGGAUUAAAAGUGAGCCAAAGUGAUUAAUACCAACAAAAAGCUCUUAAAUUAAUUCCUGUAUACCUGCGUGUAGCCAAAUUGGAUAACAUCACUACUUUCUAAAAUCUGGCAGACAGAAUAACAGUUUAGAGGAUCAAGAUGUUGACCAAUUUGAGGAUAUUUGCAGUGAAUCAUCAGAAAAUGUCCAGUGUGUGCAUUAAUAAUACAUGCUGCUGUAAAAUAACAGCAAUUUUAAAACCAUCAAAGCCAAAUAUACCUCUUGGAAGAAAUUACAGUUCCCUACCAGGUGUAAUAGGAAAUGAUAUCAAAUCCCUUCAUUCCAUCAUUAAUCCUCCUAUAGCUAAAAUCCGUAACAUUGGAAUUAUGGCUCACAUUGAUGCAGGCAAAACUACCACUACAGAAAGAAUAUUGUACUAUUCUGGAUACACCAGAUCACUGGGAGAUGUUGACGAUGGUGACACAGUCACAGAUUUCAUGGCUCAGGAGCGAGAAAGAGGCAUCACUAUCCAGUCUGCUGCUGUUACAUUUGAUUGGAAGGGCUAUCGGGUCAAUCUCAUUGACACACCAGGUCAUGUGGACUUUACCUUGGAGGUUGAGCGCUGCCUAAGAGUGCUGGAUGGUGCGGUGGUUGUAUUUGAUGCCUCUGCUGGUGUAGAGGCCCAAACUCUCACAGUGUGGAGGCAAGCUGAUAAACACAAGAUACCUCGAAUCUGCUUUUUAAACAAAAUGGACAAGGCUGGGGCAAGUUUUAAGUAUGCAGUUGGAAGCAUCAGAGAGAAGUUGAAGGCAAAGCCUUUGCUUUUACAGUUACCAAUUGGUGAAGCCAAAACUUUCAAAGGAGUGGUAGAUGUAGUAAAUAAAGAGAAACUUCUUUGGGAUUCUAAUUCAGAUGAUGGAAAAGACUUUGAGAGAAAACCUCUCUUGGAAAAAAGUGAUCCUGAAUUGCUGAAGGAGACAGUUGAAGCAAGGAAUACCCUAAUUGAACAAGUUGCUGAUUUGGAUGAUGAAUUUGCUGACUUGGUUUUAGGUGAAUUUAGUGAAAAUUUUGAUUUGCUACCAGCUGAAAAGCUGCAGACUGCAAUACACAGAGUGACACUGGCUCAGACAGCAGUGCCUGUGCUGUGUGGAAGUGCACUGAAAAACAAAGUGGUACAGCCCCUGUUGGAUGCUAUUACUAUGUAUUUGCCUUCGCCUGAGGAGCGCAACUGUGACUUUCUGCAGUGGUAUAAGGGCGACUUAUGUGCACUGGCAUUUAAAGUUCUCCACGACAAGCAGCGAGGACCACUGGUUUUUGUACGCAUUUACUCAGGCACGCUAAAACCCCAGUUGGCUGUCCAUAAUAUUAAUGGGAAUUGCACGGAGAGAAUAAGUCGUCUGCUUUUGCCAUUUGCUGACCAACAUGUAGAAAUCCCUUCACUGACUGCUGGUAACAUUGCUUUGACUGUUGGGCUUAAACAUACUGCCACCGGAGACACCCUUGUCUCCUCCAAGUCCAGUGCGGUGGCUGCAGCUCAGCGAGCCAAGGGAGAGGGGGAAAAGCAGCAGAGACAAAACAGCAAAGUGGACAGACUGUUCCUGGCUGGGGUAGAGGUCCCAGAACCAGUCUUCUUCUGUACCAUAGAACCCCCGUCGGGAGCCAAGCAACCAGAUUUGGAUCAUGCAUUGAAAUGCCUUCAGCGUGAAGAUCCCAGUUUGAAAGUGAAGCUUGAUCCUGACUCUGGACAAACUAUGCUGUGUGGUAUGGGAGAAUUACAUAUUGAAAUUAUUCAUGACCGAAUCAAGCGGGAAUAUGGCCUAGAGACCUACCUGGGGCCUCUCCAGGUGGCAUACCGAGAGACCAUCCUCAGCUCAGCUUAUGCCACAGAUACCUUAGAUAGAACUUUAGGAGACAAACAGCAUUUCGUGAGUGUAGAGCUGGAAGCAAGGCCAGGAGAGACACCAUCUGUCACACCAGUGAUCAAGUAUGCUGAAAGUGUCAGCAGAGACAUGUUGAAGAACUUCCAAGAAGCUGUUGAAAAUGGAAUUCACAAUGCGUGCCUCCAAGGACCACUGAUUGGAUCCCCCGUUCAGGAUGUGACAAUUACUUUACAUUCACUGGUAAUUCAUCCUGGUACCUCUGCAACUAUGGUUUCUGCCUGUGUCUCAAGAUGCAUACAAAAGGCCCUGAAGAAAGCUGACAAACAGGUUUUGGAGCCUCUGAUGAAUCUUGAAGUUAUAGUGCCUAGAGAUUACCUCAGCCUUGUGCUAGCAGAUCUGGCACAGAGAAGAGGGAAUGUUCAGGAGAUCCAGACUCGCCAGGACAACAGUGUUGUUAUUGGGUUUGUUCCCUUAGCAGAAAUUAUGGGUUAUUCAACUGUACUUCGAACGCUAACAUCAGGCUCAGCGACUUUUGCCUUAGAAUUAUCUACUUACCAACCCAUGAAUCCUCAAGACCAGAUUACACUGUUCAACCAGAGAAGUGGUACAGUGUAAGUGUUUAGGACCUUGGAAGUAGAAAGAAAUGCAGGAGCUGUCUGCUUCACUUUCAGGAACCGUUUUAUGCACUGGACAAAUACAUUACUGUUUCGGUACAAAGAACGCGAUGACAAGGAUAUAACUUGAAAACUGACGAUGAGAACCUGCCUUUUGAACUUACAUGAGAAAUACACCUUAUUUAUGGUGGAUGUACCUGAACUUUGUUCCUCUGAUUUUUUUUAAGCUUCUUUGAAGAGCAAGAAAGAUGCCAGUCUUCUAAAAUGAUAGUUCAGUCAAUAAAAAUAUUUAAUUCAAAAAUAA